UUUACAUUCAGGCUCCCUGUAGCAGUUUUAUAGUUUUACUGUAACACGGUCAUGAGCGGGUUCACCUGAGAGGUCAGCGAGGAGGAGAAGGAGAGCUUGACCUUCGCAGGGUGGGUUCAAUACUCUGGCAUCUGAGGGACAGUGGACAUCAAGCCAUCGCUGGGCCUCUAAGGCACAUAGUGUUCUACCCUACCUUUUUUUUAGAGCAGCUCCCCAUCUGAAGCAGGGCUGCCACUCUACCUUCCCCUCCUCCCAACAUAAUCCUUCUGUAACGGUAUGGGUUUUCAGUCAGAUACUGUCCAAUCUCUCCUCCUGUUUCCUGUCCACCUUGUGGUGUGGCUCUACUCUGUCAUCUCCUUCCUACCAUGGUACUACAUCACCGGGGCUGGCCAGAGGAACACAAUGUCCAAGCGGGUCAAGGCCCGCUCCACUACAGGCUGUGCGGAGGGACCCUACCGCUCCGUGGAUCACUUCGACAAGCUGGCCAAGGAAGACCUGCCUGGCAAGGACACUCUAGAUAAGUUGUUCACAUUCGCUGUGGAGCGCUUUGGAGAUUCGCCGUGUCUUGGCACCAGGGAUGUCCUGAGCGAAGAAAACGAGAUACAGCCCAACGGGAAAGUUUUUAAAAAACUGAUCCUUGGUGAUUAUAAAUGGCUCUCCUACAAUCAAAUUGACUCUCUGGUCAGUCAGUUUGGCAGCGGAUUGGCAGCUCUCGGACAGCAACCCAAAAGCACCAUUGCAAUCUUCUGCGAGACCAGAGCGGAGUGGAUGAUAACUGCCCAAACGUGCUUUAGGCAUAAUUUCCCAUUGGUGACAUUCUAUGCAACAUUGGGAGAGGAGGCAAUUGAGUUUGGACUGAAUGAAACUGGAGUUUCACAUCUUGUUACCAGUGUGGAGCUGCUAGAGACCAAACUAAAAAAUGUGCUUCCAAAUAUCCCAAAACUGAAACAUAUAAUCUAUGUGAACAAGAAGAAAAUGACCACAGAGGGCUUCCCAGCAAGACUCUCUAUCCACAGUAUGCAAGAAGUGCAAAAUCUGGGUGCGCUCCCGGAACAUGCAAGAAAGGAAGUUGUGAAACCGCAGCCGUCGGACCUGGCAGUGGUCAUGUACACCAGCGGUUCCACUGGGCGUCCCAAAGGAGUCAUGAUUAUCCACAGUAAUUUGAUUGCAGGAAUGACGGGCCAAUGUGAGCGCAUCCCAGGACUUGGCCCAAAGGAUAUUUACAUUGGCUACCUGCCUCUGGCUCAUGUUCUGGAGAUGACUGCGGAGAUCAGCUGUGUCACAUACGGAUGUCCAAUAGGCUACUCUUCCCCACACACGCUGUCCGAUCAGUCCUCAAAAAUCAAGAGAGGAAGCAGUGGUGACACCACUGUGCUGAAACCCACGCUGAUGGCAGCUGUGCCCGAAAUUUUGGAUCGCAUAAACAAGAAUGUGAUGAACAAAGUGCAGGAGAUGAGCUUUGUUCAGAAGAUGGUGUUCAACCUCGGCUACCAAUACAAACUGAAGCAGAUCAAGAGAGGCUACGAUGCACCGCUCUGCAAUGCCCUGUUGUUCAACAAAGUGAGGAAGCUGCUGGGCGGGCGAGUGCGGUUGAUGCUGUCGGGAGGAGCUCCUUUGUCCCCAGCUACACAGCGGUUCAUGAAUGUGUGCUUCUGCUGCCCCGUGGGCCAAGGCUAUGGCCUCACUGAAACCUGUGGAGCGGGCACCAUCACUGAGGUUGCAGAUAGAAGCACCGGCCGUGUCGGAGCGCCACUUAUUUGCUGUGAGUUGAGAUUGCGGGACUGGGCUGAAGGCGGCUACACCAGCAAAGAUAAACCGAACCCCAGAGGAGAGGUCCUGAUUGGCGGCCCAAAUGUGACCAUGGGUUACUUCAAGUAUGAGAGUAAGGAUGAGGACUUUUUUGUGGACGAAAAUGGUCAAAGAUGGUUUUGCACUGGAGAUGUUGGCGAGAUUCAUUCAGAUGGCUGUCUACAAAUAGUAGACCGUAAGAAAGACCUGGUCAAACUGCAAGCAGGGGAAUACGUGUCUCUCGGUAAGGUGGAGUCGGCCCUGAAGAACAGCUCCCUCAUAGACAACAUCUGUGUUUACGCUAACAGUGACCAGAACUACGUGAUCAGCUUUGUGGUUCCUAACCAGAAGCGGCUGACGGAACUGGCCAAGCAGAGAGGACUGGUCACAGAUUGGGAGGAAAUCUGCAUACAUGCCGACAUGGAGGAGGUGGUCUUGAGGGAGAUCAAGGAGGUUGCUGCUAAAAUUAAACUGCAGCGCUUUGAAAUUCCCGCGAAGGUCCAUCUGAGCCCGGAGCCGUGGACGCCUGAGAUGGGUCUUGUCACUGACGCGUUCAAGUUGAAGCGGAAAGAGCUUAAGAACCACUAUCGCCACCACAUCGAGAGGAUGUAUGGGGGCAAAUAACAGUCACAUUUUCUCCCGAGAGGCUUUAUUUCAGCUUGACCACUUUUUUGCCUGUAGUUUUCCUGUGAAGUGUAUGGGUUUCUUUGCUGUCUGUGUUUCAGAGGCACACAAAUGAAAAUGGGCUGAACAGGGAAGUUAGUUUUUGAUCCCCCUGUGCCACUGGCAUGUUAAAAGGAGGAUGGUUACAGAUGACCAGGGAAGUAACUUUGUCACCCUUACAAAAUAUCACCCCUCCAUGUGUUGAUAAUGCUGUGCUAUGUUAAGGUCAAUGAACUAUUAAUGAAAGCGAUGCUCUUUUGUAUUAGGAGUACUGAUGUUACUGUGCCUUCAGUCUGUAGCGGAAUUGUGUGGCGUCUUGGUAACAAGCAGUCGAGUGUUUCUAUGGCCAUGCUAGAAGUUUACAUGAAGCAUUAGGUCACUUAACACUCCUAUCCAGAGAGAUGCUUGAUGACCUGGACUUAACUUAUUCUGGCAAUUUUUUUUCAUGCUAUUUAUGUCAAUUGAUGCUGAAAAAAGACCAAAUGUCUAACCAUAAAUGACUCAGGAACACCAGGAGCAGAUGUUUUAUUUUUGGACACUGCCAAAAAUGGUUUGCUUGCACUUACAGCACAUGCUGAGCAGCUUAUUUUGUUCAAGAUAGAUGGUUAAAAAAAACAUGCCUGGUGGCAGCAGCCACAUUUUUAGCCUUUAUAAAGGGGAAACUUACCAUGUCAUUAUGAGUGUUUUGUAUGUAUUUUCAUGAACAUGUUUGUAUACUGUACACAAACCACUCCAUUCUGAUCAUGGGCCUUAUUGUUCAAGCUUUUCCUGAAAAUAAAACCUUUCAUAUGAAA